AUGGAUAGAAUUGAAGAAAUUAAGGAUUUUCAAACUUCUCUUCGAACUGAUGAAAAUGACAAUAGGGACGUCAAAUGCAGCGAUGUGAAAGAUGACACACCGUGUGAUGCUGAGGGCAACACAACCUCCUUGGAUGAGGAGAGUGACUUAGUUGCCAUAGCAACAGACUUGGAUGGAACCGAUGACAUAGCUGCACUUCUAGGGAAUUCCAGCAAGGCAACAAAUACCACACGAACACGGCGAAGAGACUGGAAAAAGCGAGUUGCUGACUACGUGAGUAGUCUGCCAAGCAUUGAUAAAUAUGAAGAGCUAGGGGUUUUGUCUCCUCUUGAUGAGGAGAGCCUGGAUUCAAAGAGACCUAAAUUGGUUGACCAACCACAGUGUCUAACAGAUAAAGCUGAAAGUGAUGAGAGAGUUGAAGAAUUAUCACCCAGACGUCAGUCCCUGGGAAGACUUAGAAGUGGAGAUUCCAUAUCAUCUAGUAACCUAACAAGUCCCCUUGCAUCCUCAUCUUCUGGUGAGCGAGCUUUCCGUCUAUGGCUGGACUCCAAGGAUUCAGAAAAUGUAGCCAUACCAGACAGUCCUGUAUCACCUCCACCUGCUGCCAUGGUAACAGAAGAUAAAGAACGAAAGAAAUUAGCUAAAGGUAAAUUGAUUCGAUCCUCAAGUAGUGAAGAUGAUCUCUCAUUGGGCGCUGACGCAAUGCAUUACACUCAACCAGAGAUAAUUGGUCGACCCAUGUCGGUUGCAGUUCCUAAUCCUAGUGCAAAACAGUCUUUGACAAAUGAAGAAAUCUUAGCAUAUGCUGGUCGAACAACAAGUUCAACACCAAUAACAGUCAAUGAUAAAAGAUCAAGGUUAUCCAUGAUGUCGGAAAAACAUAGCAGUAUGACAUCUGAUCUGUCAGAAUUGACAACCACAACAACAAUAUCAAGUGUUGAGGAAUUACUACAGGCUCGUAAUGAUCCAGAGGAACUGUUAUUGAACCUUGGGUUUGGUAUGACGAAGGUAGAGGAUACCACAUCAAGAAUCCCAGAGAGAUUUCUUAGACAACCAUCCCAAGCUCAAGGAAUCAAUGUACGACAAUUCCUGGAACAUGAGCAGGAGAAGGUAGAGAACCGAGCGGCUGCUGUUGGUGGAUAUAUUGGGAUUGAAGGUGCUGGUGUUUUCCGCAAAGGGGGCGCCACGGUCGUCAACAAAGUUGCCACAAUGAACAGCAUUAUUAACCUGAUGAAGCGAAAUGUAGCACAGGCUUCAGAAGAGAAAUCAACAACUUCUAUACCUUCCAAUUUCACUAAAGAAAUUACUAUAACUGAUGAAAAAAUUAAAGACAAUGAAAAAACAGAAAGAACACUCUCCCCAUCAUCACCUAGGAAAUUUGUGUCUCUUGUUGCCAAGGCAACUAAACAGUCUGAUAACUGUCAGGGGGAGGACAGUGCAUCUAUCACCAUGGAAACCAGUCCUCAAAGGAAUCUGAUACAGGAAGUGAUAAUUGAAGAAAAAGAACCAGAUAUAUGCAGUCAAAAAACAAAACAUUAUCUUGAAUCUGGUAAUAGAAAUAAUUUAUUUAACGGGUCAUUAGACGAUCCUGAUUCAACCCCUGUGCCAACAAGAUAUGUGAAAGAUGAAAAACAUACCAUUGAUGAAAAUUGGCAAGAAAUUACCAAAACUGAAAUUAGUGAAAUUGCAAACUUUCAGGAUUUAGAGCACAAUGAUGAUGACCAAUGUUUGCUCGAAAGAACACUGACAGAAGAGGAUAUCAAAAUUGCUGCCAUGGAUACGCUGGAGGAUGAAAUUCAUCCUGUUGCUGUCAUGGUUAUCGAUGAUAUCGAAAACAAUGACCUAUGUAACAUUUCUGACAGCUUUACUAAAAAUCAGAUUGAUCAUGUUGCCAAGGUUCCUGAUCCUGUUGUAAAUAGAUGUAAAGUUGAUACAAUGGUUACAAAAAAAUGUGCUGAAUUCAGUGAUGAUGCUUUUUGGAUGAGAACCUCAGAUAGCGUUAGUACAAACAAGCCAGAUUUUUCGAAUUCAGACAUUUCUACAAGAAAGUUAAAAAAAGACAGGCUUCAGUCUGGCAAGCAAAAAGAAUCAAUGGAUGAUGUCAAAAACUGUCCUGUUGUCUCAGUGGAAAAGUACACACACCUCAAGGAAAUCGCCAAAUUUCAUAUUGUAGAUACUCGGAAACUUGAACAGAAUUCAGCAGAAAGAACUUUGAAAAUUACCUUACUUUCUAUCAUUGAUUCCCUAGCAAGUGAAACAAUAGGAGCAAGUCAGGUGUCACAUGACAACUCAGGACGCCAUAAUUUGAUAGAUCUCAAUGCAUCUAGCGAAUCAGUUAAUAGUACUGAAAAUAACGCUGAGCGCAAGGAUCAGUCAUUUCAGGAAAGCCUGAAUUCUAAGUUUGAUAAUAUUUACAGUGCAAUACAUACCAUUGAAGAUAGUAUUUCUGCGGAUGAGCGAACACACAGACGAGAAUGUUCUGAUCAGUCAGGGAAGGUGUUUUCGCACACACCACAAAAAUUUGGGCAUUCACACACAGCAGAGAGUGUACAUGAAACUACAACAGACAACGAUGAAUUAUUUGAGAAAGCAAAUUAUACCCACUCUGAAAGUGUAGAUUAUUUUGAAGAUGAUAGUAUUCUUAGAGAGACUAAUGCCAAAGAUGUGCUUGAACAAGUACAAAAACAUUUGCGGAAAGCAUCAAAAAAAUUUGAAAGUGAGAAAGCAAAUGUGGCACAUUUUGCCAAAACGAACAAACCUUACAUUGAAAAAACUACCACACGAGACCAGUUGCUAUGGAAACAAGACGAUGCAGCAGGGAAUAACAUGUACAAAGAAAAAAAUAGCUUUGUGUGCACACAAGUACUAGGUAAAGAUUCAGAUUGUAAAAUGUCAUGGAAACCACAUGCUAAAGAAGAGAAAGAGAGAAUUCAUCAUCGAGAAAUUAAGAGAAUGCCACAAGUUCCUCAAGAAUCUUUUGAAAUUGAGGAGAUUGACAGUGGUGACCAGACCAUGGAAGACUAUUUCAUCCAGUCAAAUAACAGUCCACCAAAUCGUAGUAUCACUUCAGGCACCUUGAUGCGCACAGCCAGCGCACAAUCAGACAGCAGCGGCUUUGCUGAUGACGCAAAUGUAGAUAUUCCUGUCCCAAUUCAAAUCAAGUUCACCACUAUGGAUAGUUGUGACGACAUUUCUGACCCCCAAAAAGAUGACCCAAAACAAGUUAAUUCUCAUCUGUCAAAUGUAAAAAUGUCAUCCUCUGAAUCUUCAGCAUCUGAUGUUACCAUAGCAACACAAUUUGAACGAAAAUUUCCCUAUACAUCUGAAGAAAAUAAGAAAGCGGAACUUACAAAAACUGCCACGCCAGCUCUGCCUGUAGUUUCGUCCAUUUCUCAUGCCAAGAUGCCUGUAUCUUGUUCAGUCUCCUUGUUGUCUCCAACAUCAACUUGUGUUGUAUCUUCAGAGCCAGCAGUAUCUGGAUCACCUGUUAUCCCUGCAAAAACAAUGACUGCUUCAACUGUACCUUUAGAAGUUGAAUCACCAUCUACUUCAAGAAAAAAAUUCUCAUCAGGCUCAGUAUUAUCUCCAGCAUCUAGUGAGUCCCCGUCCUCUUUGCGACCGGUUAAAAUCUCUCUUACUGAACCUAGUCCCGCUGAGGAAGUUGGAACGAUCUUAGAAUCACUGCAACAGACUAUAGAAGAAACUACAGGUGCCAGUCAUAUAGAAAUUAGAAAACGUCCACGAAGGAGAGUUCGAACUGAGCGAUACCUUUAUCGAUCACGGUCAGGAAGUGAAGACGAAUUCGUAAGAGUGCUGGCAGAAGUUCUUCCUGAAGAUCCUGACGAAGGCAAGAGAAGAGGAAUAUUGAAAAGAACAUCUUCUGUUGAUUGUACGCCAGAAUUCAAUGUACCGCGAGGAAGGAGAUUGCGAAAGACGCGUAGUAUGGAUGAAGAUCGUGUGAUGGAACAGAAGAUAAGUAUCGAAAGUGAGAUAUGUAAAGAGAAAUUGUUAUCCGAGAAAGAUUGUGAGAUGAAGAUGAACAUGACAUUUGAGAAUAGCAGAGAUGCAAGAAAGGCUUUUCGAAAUGAGAAAAAAGGAGACCAGGAGAAAGAAAAUGUUGUUCCCCUGGAUAUUAGAUGCAAGAUGAAUGAACAUGAAAGAAGGUCCCAGUGUGAAAUAGGCAUCAUGACAGACGCCAUUGUACCAGAGGACCACAUUGUAAAAACUGCUAGAGGUUUACAGAGAAGUGGAAUUGUGGUGAGUGAGAGUGUGAACAUGCAAUCUUCUCAGGAACCAAGACUGGAUCCAGAGAAAGAAAUAGGUGUCAUUACUGAUGUUGCAUCUGAUAACAGAAGUAAUUCAAACAGUGAAAAAGCUGAUACAAAUAAGGUUAUAUGUAAUGCUGUCAUUGGAGGAGUCAAAACUGAGGUUGAAGUGGAUGCCGAAUACUCUACUGAGAAUCAACAUCUAAAAAAGACCCAUUUGAAUAAACUUGACAUCUCUCCAAUUCUACGAACGUCUACUUCAUUAGAUAGUAAUCAAAGCAUGUCGGAUUCGUCGCUGAUAAGCGGCAAACAGAUGAAUAUUGGGACUGAAUCCAUCAUGAGACAUCAACACGUGGUGUCUCCUACAGGUGAGCGGCAUUAUGUCGCGUCAGAGCCAUCGCUAACCGCAUCAGAAGACGGUGAUCUCAUUGAUAGGGUUACCAGAUCCAGUCAGUACCCAGGAUCGGAAAAGUCCUAUCGUAGUGUUGAUGGCCGAGAACGUAAUUGCCCACCACGUUUGAAGCAUCAACAAAGCUGGGCAGAGGAAGCUAACUUGGACACAGAGCCAUUUUUGAAUGAUUCCCCACAUGAAGCCUUCAUGGACGAAUUAUACGGCCGUUCAAGUAGACUUUCAAAGUUCCUAUCUCAUGGAAGCAGCUAUGAGGAUGAUGAUGUCACUCCCUUAAGAGAGGAUGAGUUCAUUAGAGUUAUGAGGGGUGGUCGAGAGGUUUGGAUGUCAAGACUUGAAUAUGAUAGAAUGAGGGAUGAGCUAAUCUUGAAAGCUUUGCUCCAACAACCAAAUCAUGCUAAUCGUCGAGUUGGUCUUCAGUUGCCGCCUAUGUUAUUUCGAGAUGAGCCAACACAGUGGGAGACACUGACAGAAUUAGAGAGCGCAAUGAAGGAGAUACGAUAUUUACAGCAAGGUGUGCAGAAAUAUAAAGCAGAUCUUAUAUCGUUGGAGAUCAUAUCAGGUCAACAGUUUGAGUCGGUGUAUGAUCAGUUGGACCCGGAAGAAAGAGAUGAUUGGGAGUCUCUGAAAGAAUUGAGAUUGAAGAUUAUUGAAGAGGUCUAUGAGAUGGAAAAAUUGUUAUCAGAAAGAACUAAGACAAUUUCAAAAAUACGUGAUAAGGGACAUCGACUACAUGAAGAAACAGUUCCAGAACAUCUUUGUCAGAGUUUAGAUAUGAUUAAACAGGUAUAUAGCAGUCUUUGUAUAUGUCCAGUGGUUUUGAAGAAGAUUUUUUGUUUUGUUAAAUCCUUGUCAUGA